CCGGAGUCGUUGCUAGGCGUCCCUACAAGUCAAAGCAGUUGGUAACUUUUCCGUGGCACCUUGAACGUCCUUGUAUUACUGUUUUUGCAAUAGCCUAUGCGGAUGCACGACGAGUGAAGUCUCGCUUACUGUUUUGCUUACAGCUCUAACGCCGGUUACGAUACAAUUGCAUUGCGCUUAAGCAAGCAGGGGUCUGAUCGAAGGCUUCUCUUACUCCUAGGAAGCGACAUCCCAGAAGUCGCGUCGGAUUCACGUCAACAGGUAGUCCCCCGCAUUGGAGUCUACAUCCGGGCUGCCGCGGAUUCAUCGCUGCGCACAACAAACGUUGGAGGCGGUUCUUACCUUAGGAAGUAGCUACUUACAAUCGGCCUUGCCGAGUCAGAGACCAACCGCUCUGGAGGACUCUGCCGACGUGCAGUCUGCGUCACCUACUCAACCCCAACCAGCCUUCUGUUGUCGCCUAGCAACCUGUUUAACGAACGUAGCAGAACAGCUAAUCCCUAGCGCCUUACCGUUCCUUUGGUAGCGGGGAGGAAGCAUUUCAGCUACACUGCGUUACUGCCCUCCAGCCAAGCAUUGCAGCCUGGUAUAACGCCAUCCCUCACCAACAACCACAGCAGCGUAUCGGUGCCGCCAUGAAGGUGCUGGUGGCUAUCAAGCGCGUUAUCGACUAUGCGGUACCCAUCAGGGUCAAGGCAGACAAGAGCGGCGUGGAGGCGCUGAUGCCCAAACUCAGCAUGAACCCCUUCUGCGAGAUCGCGCUGGAGGAGGCGGUGCGGCUGAAGGAGCGGGGUGUGGCGAGUGAGGUGGUUGCGGUGUCGCUGGGGCCGCAGCACUUCCAGGACACGCUGCGCACCGCCCUAGCCAUGGGCGCCGACCGGGCCAUCCACGUGCCCUGGGGGGCCCCACCCGCCGCCCCACCCGGCCGGGGGGCGGCGCAGGGGGGUGGAGGGGCCGCCGCAGCAGCAGCCGGGGGGUCUGGUGUUGCUGGGCAAGCAGGCGAUCGAUGACGACUGCAACCAGACGGGUCAGAUGCUGGCGGGGUUGCUGGGCUGGCCGCAGGCGACCUUCGCGUCCAAGGUGGAGGCUGCCAAGGGCGACCCACGGGUCAGGGUCACCCGCGAGGUGGACGGCGGACUGGAGGUGUUGUCGCUGCCCCUCCCCGCAGUCAUCACCGCCGACCUGCGCCUCAACACACCCCGGUUCGUGACGCUGCCCUCCCUCAUGCGCGCCAAGAAGCGCCCCAUCGAGGUCGCCCCCCUGGAGCAGCUGGGGCUGGCGGCGGCUGACGUGGCGCCGCAGCUGGAGGUGGCGGGGGUGGAGGCGCC